AUGGACGAGUGGGAUCUCCCACAAUGGAAAAAAGAGGUGGAAAGCCUCAAGUACCAGCUGGCCUACAAGAGGGAGAUGUCCUCCAAGACCAUACCUGAGUUCGUGAAGUGGAUCGAGGACGGGAUUCCCGAGGAUCCCUUCCUGAACCCGGAGCUGAUGAAGAACAACCCCUGGGUGGAGAAAGGCAAAUGCAUCAUCCUCUGA